AAUGGAUAAUUAUUUCACAAUCAUAAGUUUAUUAGGACUUAGAAAUUAGAAUCUACCUCCAUUUAGGUUAGUAUUAAUUUUAAAUAUAAUAGAGAAGCUCGUUUGAAGAGAUAUAGAUCAAUUAAGAAAAUGGUUGAAUUAAUUGAGACAGCUGGUUGGACUUAGCCAAAAAUACCAUUCAAUGCCUUUUGUUUGAGUUCUCAAGAUCGUAAAAAUACAAAUUUGAAUAUUUAUUUUAGCCGAAUGGGAAGAUGAUAUGACUUAUCCAGUUAUAGAGUAUAAUAAAUUUGGGUAUUAAGCUGUUGCUUUUGGAAUCAAUUUAGUAAAUAUUAUUUUUAAGAUUUAUCAUAGUUCCUAUAUGCAUAUAAUUAUAAUGUAAUAACACAAAACAUCAGAUUCAGAACUUUUAGAUAUUUAUUCCCUGUUGUUUAAUGUGUUAUUUUUGGUAAAAUAUAUUUUGAAUAUAAAUCUGAAUUAACAAAAGUUAAUUUGUUUGAUGAAUAUGUUCAAUUAAGAGCAUAAGAAUUAGUAAAAGAGAAUGAAUUUCUUUUGGAACAUGAAGGUAAGUAUGCAUUUAUGAUUUUAUUAUAGAUAUCAAGAGAUUUGUUUGGUGGUAUGAAGAUUACAAAGAGACUUUAUGCAGAGUCCAUAGAUAAGCUAAUGAUCAUGCAGCAACUGACUUCAAAGACUCUGAAUUGAUAUUAUAAGACUUUAUUCGCAGAUAUACAAAUCCAAAUUCAGCAAGACCACUCAAUAUUUAAGAGAAAGGAGUUUUAUUCUGAAA